UCGAUUGCCACCAUUGGACGGAGAUGCAGAUGCCUCCAGCAUUGACGCAAAGAUAGGCGGAAGCGCGCUCAACACGGCCGUGCAUCUCGCCUCUAUCCUCGGCGCGAGAAGUGCAGUCGCCUUCUAUGCAUGCGUUGGCCAAGAUGUCUUCGGCAAGAUGCUGGAGGCACACAUACAGUCGGCAUCGAUCAAGAGCCACGUAGUAGCUUGCCCCGCCCUCUGCACCGGCUCAUGCCUCGUGCUUUCGGGCCCUCCAGGCCGUGCCUUCGUCACAGCGUCGGGCGCUGCGGCGGAGCUCGGCAUUGGGGAGCUCCAGCCGCUGGUGGAGGCUGUUAGAGAAGCAAAGGGGCCUGUCCAUGUUCAUUUCGGAGGUAUCUACUCCUACAGCGCCACCCUUCGGCGUGAUCUCCCAGAGUUCAUCGAUUUCCUGCGGACGCAAAUGCCCGGUUACCGCCUGACCGUCUCUGUGGACAUUCAGGGCCACGAGGCCGGGCAAGUGGCGGGCGUCAACGAGCUGCUCCCGCACAUUGACCUUUUCAAGGGCAACGCUGCAGAGGCGGAAGCUGUAUGCGGCCUGAAGACUCCGGAGGCACUGGAGAAGCUGAGUCAAGGCCGUCGUGCGGUUGUCAUCACCAGAGGUGCAUCAGGAGCCGACUUUCUGGAUGCACAGGGACAGGGCCUGGCACCAGCGCACUGCGUUGAGGUGAAGGACGCUACGGGCGCCGGAGAUGCCUUUGCCGCUGCUCUGUUGGCAUCAUGGGUGUGCGGCACGCCUCUGGCAGAAGCUGUCGCAAAAGGUUGCGCAGCCGGUGCAUUGAACUGCGGACGCCUUGGCGGCUGCGAGAGCCCUGUCACUGUAGAGGAAAUCGACGAGCUGAUGGCCAGCGAGGGUCGGAC